GAGUGCCGGAUUGCGCAUCCCAUCGUUAAAUGCACCUACUGCCGGACUGAAUUCCAACAGGAAAGCAAAACCAACACCAUCUGCAAGAAGUGUGCUCAGAACGUGAAGCUCUACGGAACGCCAAAACCCUGCCAGUACUGCAACAUAAUAGCAGCAUUUAUUGGAAACAAGUGCCAGCGUUGCACAAACUCAGAGAAGAAGUACGGCCCGCCGCACUCCUGCGAGCAGUGCAAGCAGCAGUGUGCGUUUGACCGGAAGGAUGACAGAAAGAAGGUGGAUGGAAAGCUGCUCUGCUGGUUGUGCACGCUGUCCUACAAACGGGUCCUACAGAAGACCAAAGAGCAAUGCAAACACUUGAGCAGCUCUUCCCGGGCCAGCCUGCAGGAGAAGGAGCAGUACAGUCGGCUCAGCAGUGGCACCCACUAUAACAG